CCACUUCUCGUCGGCUCUGGAGCUUCCCCCGCCUCAGCUAUCGCGUCUCUUCUUCCCCCGGCCUUACCCGGCGGCCCUAAAAUAGUCUGACGUAAGUGGAUUAGUGUGACUGAGGAACCAGAAGGUGUUACCCUUGGCGGGCUUGGGUGAGGCAAAGGUGCCAGAACAGUGACUUGGAUAGCAGAUCAGGCCAAGUAUGGAUUGGCUGUGAUUCCAGAAAUUGCUGAUGCUGGAAUCUCAGCGUUGGCUGGUAGAGGAAGCGGGCAAAGCAGGCAGCCAGUGUUAUUUAUAUGAAGCAUCAGAAAGUGGAAAAUUAAUAAAAAUGAAAGUGGACCGAACUAAGCUGAAGAAAACGCCUACCGAGGCACCUGCAGAUUGCAGAGCCUUGAUUGACAAGCUCAAGGUUUGUAAUGAUGAGCAGCUGCUGCUGGAACUCCAACAGAUCAAAACAUGGAAUAUUGGGAAGUGUGAACUUUACCACUGGGUGGACCUGCUAGACAGAUUCGAUGGCAUCCUGGCAGAUGCUGGGCAGACGGUGGAGAACAUGUCAUGGAUGCUGCUGUGCGACCGGCCAGAAAGAGAGCAGCUGAAAUCCCUGCUUUUGUCCGUGCUGAACUUCACUGCCCUCCUCAUAGAAUACAGCUUUUCCCGCCACCUAUACAGCUCUAUUGAGCACUUGACAACUCUGUUGGCGUCCUCUGAUAUGCAAGUGGUCCUUGCAGUGUUGAAUCUGCUGUAUGUCUUUAGCAAGCGCUCUAACUACAUCACCCGCCUUGGCUCAGACAAGAGGAUGCCUCUUCUCUCCCGCCUGCAGCAUUUGGCAGAGAGUUGGGGUGGCAAAGAGAACGGCUUCGGUCUGGCAGAAUGCUGUAGAGAUUUGCAGAUGCUGAAAUACCCUCCCAGUGCAACUACACUACACUUUGAAUUCUAUGCAGAGCCAGGGGCCGAGGUCAAAGUGGACAAAAGGACUACGAGCAACACACUACAUUAUAUUCACAUAGAACAGCUUGACAAGAUCUCAGAAAGCCCCUCGGAAAUUAUGGAAUCCCUCACCAAAAUGUACAGCAUCCCAAAGGAUAAACAGAUGCUGCUGUUUACACACAUUCGUCUGGCCCAUGGCUUUUCCAAUCAUAAAAAGCGGUUGCAGGCUGUCCAGGCCAGGCUGCAUGCCAUUUCUAUAUUAGUGUACUCGAAUGCCUUGCAGGAAUCCGCCAACAGUAUACUGUACAACGGGUUGAUAGAGGAGCUAGUGGACGUGCUGCAAAUAACAGACGCACAGUUAAUGGACAUCAAAGCCGCCUCACUGAGGACGCUGACUUCCAUUGUGCACUUGGAGCGGACUCCGAAACUCAGCAGUAUUAUCGACUGCACCGGAACUGCCUCCUACCAUGGGUUUUUGCCAGUCCUGGUCCGGAACUGUAUACAGGCCAUGAUUGAUCCUUCCAUGGAGCCAUAUCCUCACCAGUUUGCCACAGCGCUUUUCUCAUUCUUGUACCACCUGGCAAGCUAUGAUGCAGGAGGCGAAGCUCUAGUCUCCUGUGGUAUGAUGGAAGCCUUAUUGAAGGUGAUCAAGUUCUUGGGGGAUGAACAGGACCAGAUCACUUUUGUGACCCGAGCCGUCCGUGUAGUGGACUUAAUCACAAACCUAGACAUGGCAGCUUUCCAGUCUCACAGCGGCCUCUCUAUCUUCAUCUACAGACUAGAGCAUGAGGCAGACCUGUGCCGGAGGGAAUGUCCCUUCGUAAUAAAGCCAAAGAUCCAGAGACCAGCUGCUGCCGCUACCCAAGAGGGUGAAGAGAUGGAGACGGACAUAGAAGUUUCUGAUGUAGCCAUGGAGAGCAGCCCCGGGCCUUCCACCUCCGGGGAGCCUCGCCCAGAAGCGGCGGUCGAAGCCAGGGCCCCGAGCGCCAUCACUCCCAGCAGUAGCAGCAGCAGCACAAACACCGUCUCCUCGCCCCGCAGUGGGGUCCAGUGUAUCCCUCAGCGGGCAGCGCUUCUCAAGUCGAUGCUGAACUUCCUGAAAAAGGCCAUCCAAGACCCAGCUUUCUCAGACGGCAUUCGCCACGUGAUGGAUGGCUCUCUGCCUACCUCUCUGAAGCACAUCAUCAGCAAUGCAGAAUAUUAUGGGCCGUCGCUCUUCUUGCUCGCCACUGAGGUGGUAACGGUCUUCGUGUUCCAAGAGCCUUCACUGCUGUCCUCCCUACAGGACAACGGCCUAACAGACGUCAUGUUGCACGCUCUCCUUAUUAAAGACGUUCCUGCCACGCGGGAAGUUCUGGGUUCUCUCCCCAAUGUCUUCAGCGCCCUCUGCCUGAACGCUCGUGGCCUCCAAUCCUUCGUCCAGUGUCAGCCUUUCGAACGCCUCUUCAAAGUCUUGCUCUCACCCGACUACCUGCCCGCAAUGAGGAGGCGUCGCAGUUCAGAUCCGCUCGGGGACACCGCUUCCAAUCUCGGGAGUGCUGUGGACGAGCUCAUGAGGCACCAGCCCACACUCAAGACAGACGCCACCACGGCCAUCAUUAAGCUCCUGGAAGAGAUCUGCAACCUGGGCCGGGACCCAAAGUACAUCUGCCAGAAGCCCUCCAUCCAGAAGGCGGACGGGACCGCCACGGCUCCCCCCCCUCGCUCGACCCAUGCGGCCGAGGAGGCCUCCAGCGAGGACGAAGAGGAGGAGGAGGUGCAGGCCAUGCAGAGCUUCAACGCCACGCAGCAGAGCGAGGUCGAGUCCAGCCAGCAGGUGGUCGGUACAGAAGAACGGAUACCCAUCCCGCUCAUGGACUACAUCCUCAAUGUGAUGAAAUUUGUGGAGUCCAUCCUCAGCAACAACACGACGGAUGACCACUGCCAGGAGUUUGUGAGCCAGAAGGGCCUGCUUCCCCUCGUCACCAUCUUGGGCCUGCCCAACCUCCCCAUAGACUUCCCCACCUCCGCAGCCUGCCAAGCUGUAGCCGGAGUCUGCAAAUCGAUAUUGACGCUCUCCCAUGAGCCGAAGGUCCUUCAGGAAGGGCUGCUCCAGCUGGACUCCAUCCUUUCCUCCCUGGAGCCCCUGCACCGGCCCAUCGAGGCACCGGGCGGCUCAGUCCUGCUGCGGGAGUUGGCGUGCGCAGGCAACGUGGCUGAUGCCACCCUUUCGGCCCAGGCGACGCCCUUGCUCCACGCCCUCACGGCCGCCCAUGCAUACAUCAUGAUGUUCGUCCACACCUGUCGGGUGGGACAGAGCGAGAUUAGAGCCAUUUCGGUCAACCAGUGGGGAUCGCAGUUGGGACUCAGCGUGCUAAGCAAACUGAGCCAGCUCUACUGUUCUCUCGUGUGGGAAAGCACUGUGCUGCUGUCGCUAUGCACUCCAAACAGUUUGCCUUCAGGCUGUGAAUUUGGCCAGGUCGAUAUGCAAAAACUGGUCCCAAAGGAAGAGAAAGCUACCCCCAACACCACCCAGGGAGCCAAAAAAGCAGAUGGUGAACCGGAAGCGAUGGCUGCUGGGGGCAUGGAGGCCUCCGCCCAAGGCCUGCUGGAAGGAAUUGGCCUGGACGGCGACACCCUGGCCCCAAUGGAGACGGAUGAGCCCAGUUCCUCUGACCCAAAGGGAAAGUCCAAGAUCACUCCGGCUAUGGCCGCCAGGAUCAAGCAGAUCAAGCCUCUUCUGUCAGUGCGGCAACGCCGGAGCCACCACGCCGCCAGCACCACCACUGCUCCCACCCCCGCCGCUCGUUCGACGGCCUCGGCGCUGACCAAGCUGCUCACGAAGGGGCUCUCUUGGCAGCCCCCACCGUACACCCCCACCCCCCGCUUCCGGCUGACUUUUUUCAUCUGCUCUGUGGGCUUCACGUCACCGAUGCUGUUUGACGAGAGGAAGUAUCCUUACCACCUUAUGCUGCAGAAAUUCCUAUGUUCGGGAGGCCACAACGCACUCUUUGAGACUUUCAACUGGGCCCUCUCCAUGGGGGGCAGAGUCCCCGUCGCCGAGGGGCUGGAGCAUCCGGACUUGCCCGACGGCACAGGAGAGUUUCUGGACGCCUGGCUCAUGCUGGUGGAGAAAAUGGUGAACCCAACCACCGUGCUGGAGUCGCCCCACUCCUUGCCUGCUAAGCUGCCAGGUGGGCAGAACUACCUGCAGUUCAGUGCUCUGCGUUUCCUUGUGGUGACCCAGAAGGCGGCCUUCACUUGCAUCAAAAACCUGUGGAACCGCAAGCCCCUGAAGGUCUACGGAGGCCGUAUGGCGGAGUCCAUGCUGGCCAUCCUGUGCCACAUCCUGCGUGGGGAGCCUGUCAUCCGCGAGCGCCUCGGCAAGGAGAAAGAGGGGACUCGCAACGAGGAAGAAGCCGGGCAAGAGGAGGGCGGGGCCCGGAGGGAGCCUCAGGUGAACCAGCAGCAGUUGCAGCAGUUGAUGGACAUGGGCUUCACCCGGGAGCACGCAAUGGAGGCUCUGCUGAACACCAGCACCAUGGAGCAAGCCACAGAGUACCUGCUGACCCAUCCUCCCCCGCUCAUGGGUGGGGUUGUGAGGGAUCUGAGCAUGUCUGAAGAAGACCAGAUGAUGCGGGCCAUUGCGAUGUCCCUAGGACAGGAUAUCCCCAUGGACCAGAGAGCGGAAUCCCCAGAGGAGGCAGCUUGCCGAAAGGAGGAAGAGGAGCGCAAGGCCCGGGAGAAGCAGGAGGAGGAAGAAGCCAAGUGCCUGGAGAAGUUCCAGGACGCCGAACCCCUGGACCAAGAGGAGCUGCACAACUUUACUGACACCAUGCUUCCUGGCUGCUUCCACCUGCUGGACGAGCUGCCAGACACAGUGUACCGCGUCUGUGACCUCAUCAUGACGGCCAUCAAGCGCAACGGGGCCGACUACAGGGACAUGAUUCUCAAGCAAGUGGUGAAUCAGGUAUGGGAAGCUGCCGACGUGCUGAUCAAAGCGGCCUUGCCCCUGACCACCAGCGACACCAAGACCGUCUCGGAGUGGAUCAGCCAGAUGGCCACCUUGCCACAGGCCUCCAACCUGGCCACGCGCAUCCUGUUGCUCACUUUGCUCUUUGAGGAGCUGAAACUGCCGUGUGCUCGAGUGGUGGAGUCGAGUAGCAUUCUCAACAUCCUGAUCAAGCUGCUGGAAGUGGUGCAGCCCUGCCUGCAAGCAGCCAAGGAGCAGAAGGAAGUACAAACGCCAAAGUGGAUCACCCCGGUGCUGUUGCUGAUCGACUUCUAUGAGAAGACGGCCAUCUCCUCCAAGAGGAGGGCCCAGAUGAACAAGUACCUCCAGACCAAUGGCAACAACUGGCGUUGGUUCGAUGAUCGCUCCGGCCGUUGGUGUAGCUACAGCGCAAGCAACAACAGCACUAUCGAUACGGCGUGGAAAGCGGGCGAGACCAGCGUCCGCUUCACUGCUGGUCGCCGGCGCUACACAGUGCAGUUCACCACAAUGGUGCAGGUGAACGAAGAAACUGGGAACAGGCGGCCGGUGAUGCUGACCUUGCUCAGGGUACCCCGACUAAACAAGAGUACCAAGGAGGCCAACGGACAAGAGCUGGAGAGAACCUUGGAAGAAGGGAAGGAGGCCGAAAGCAAACCAAAGGAGGAGAAGGCCAAUGACAGCCCCGCACCCGUCGACAGCCUGGCUCUGGAGAAGGAAGCACCUUCCGACGAGGCCAAGCCCUCGGAGAUCCUCAUCCAGGGCCUGGCGGAGGAGAUGGUGAUGGUGUUAAUCCGGGCCUGCGUCAGCAUGCUGGGCGUGCCUGUGGACCCGGACACACUGCACGCCACCCUGCGCCUCUGCCUGCGCCUCACCCGCCACCACAAGUACGCCAUGAUGUUUGCCGAGCUCAAGAGCACACGCAUGAUCCUGGGCUUGACGCAGAGCUCCGGCUUCAAUGGCUUCACGCCUCUGGUCACCCUGCUCUUCCGGCACAUCAUUGAAGACCCCUGCACGUUGCAUCACACCAUGGAAAAGGUCGUUCGCUCAGCAGCAACCAGUGGGGCAGGCAGCACCACUUCAGGAGUUGUGUCGGGCAGCUUGGGCUCUCGGGAGAUCAAUUACAUCCUGCGGGUGCUUGGGCCAGCUGCCUGCCGCAACCCAGAAAUCUUCACCGACGUGGCCAACAGCUGCAUCCGCAUCGCCUUGCCUGCUCCCCGUGGAUCUGUCACUGCUUCAGAUGACGAGUUUGAGAACUUGCGGAUCAAGGGCCCCAACGCCGUGCAGCUGGUGAAAACCACUCCCGUGAAGCCCUCGCCACUCCCCGUCAUACCUGAUACUAUCAAGGAGGUGAUCUACGACAUGCUGAACGCCCUGGCUGCCUACCAUGCCCCUGAUGAAGCCACAGACAAGUCAGAGCCAAAAGCGACCACCGUUAACCAGGAGGUGAGCCAGAUCCUCCAAGACAUGGGCGACGAUGUGUACCAGCAGUACCGGUCUUUGACCCGUCAGGGAAGCGACUUUGACUCCCAGACCGGCUUCGGCAUCAACGCUCAGGUCUUUGCAGCUGAUAGUGCAGCAACCGAGACUCCUCCGUCUGGGACUUCCCAAGGAGACGCUUCCACUCCUGAAGACUCGAGGGAAAAUAAGAAGGAUAAAGAGGGUGAUAAGGCAGCAGAGGAGAACAAGCAGAAGGCCAAGGGAAGCAAACCGCUCAUGCCCACCUCUACUAUCCUGCGGCUGCUGGCAGAGCUUGUGCGUUCCUACGUGGGCAUCGCAACCUUAAUCGCCAACUACAACUACACCGUGGGGCAGUCUGAGCUCAUUAAAGAGGACUGUAGUGUGUUGGCCUUCGUCUUGGAUCACCUGCUCCCUCACACGCAGAAUGCGGAAGACAAAGACACGCCAGCUCUGGCUCGUCUCUUCCUGGCUAGUCUGGCUGCGGCGGGUAGCGGCACAGACGCUCAGGUGGCCCUGGUGAACGAGGUGAAGGCAGCCCUGGGCCGGGCUCUAGCCAUGUCGGAGAGCACGGAGAAACAUGCCAGGCUGCAGGCCGUCAUGUGCAUAAUAAGCACCAUCAUGGAAUCGUGCCCGUCCACCUCCAGUUUCUACAGCAGUGCAACUGCCAAGACGCAGCACAACGGCAUGAAUAACAUCAUCCGCCUCUUCCUCAAGAAGGGGCUGGUCAACGACUUGGCCAGAGUGCCUCACAGCCUUGACCUGUCCAGUCCCAAUAUGGCCAACACAGUGAACGCAGCCUUGAAGCCCCUGGAGACGCUGUCACGGAUUGUCAACCAGCCCAGCAGUCUCUUUGGCAGCAAGAGCGCGUCGAGCAAGAGCAAGGCUGAGCAGGACGCUCAGGGGGCGGUGCAAGACACCAACAGCGGCCAGCAAGACGCAGGAGAAAGUGGGGAAGCAGAGGCCCCCGAGGAAGACCACGAUGUUGCCCAGGCGGAGGUAACAGAUGGCGACAUCAUGGACGGUGAAGCGGAGAGUGAUGCUGUGGUGAUUGCUGGGCAGCCUGAGGUGUUGAGCACGCAAGAGAUGCAGGUGGAAAACGAGCUGGAGGACCUGAUAGACGAGUUGUUGGAGCGAGAUGGCGGCUCGGGGAAUAGCACCAUAAUCGUGGGCCGAAGUGGAGAGGACGAAUCUCAGGAGGAUGUGUUGAUGGACGAGGCGCCUUCCAAUCUGAGCCAAGCUUCCACCUUGCAGGCCAACAGGGAAGAUUCUAUGAACAUCUUGGAUCCCGAGGAUGAAGAGGAACACACCCAGGAGGAAGAUAGCAGUGGCAGCAACGAGGAUGAAGACGACAGUCAGGAUGAGGAGGAGGAGGAGGAGGAGGAAGAUGAAGAUGACCAGGAUGAUGAAGAAGGUGAGGAAGGAGAAGAGGAGGAAGAUGACGACGAUGGCUCCGAGAUGGAAUUAGACGAAGAUUACCCUGACAUGAAUGCCUCCCCACUGGUGCGUUUUGAGCGCUUUGACCGCGAAGAUGACCUCAUCAUAGAGUUUGACAACAUGUUCUCCAGUGCCACGGAUAUUCCCCCUUCGCCUGGCAACAUUCCUGCCACUCACCCACUCAUGGUACGGCACGCGGACCACAGCUCCCUGACCUUGGGCAGCGGCUCCUCUACUACCCGGUUGGCGCAGGGCAUUGGCCGCAGCCAGAGGACGCUUCGGCAGCUGACGGCGAACACAGGCCACACUAUCCAUGUGCAUUAUCCUGGCACCCGGCAGCCCAACCCACCUCUCAUCUUACAGAGGCUGCUGGGCCCUUCGGCGGCCGCAGAUAUCCUCCAGCUCAGCAGCAGCCUCCCGCUGCAGAGCCGCGGCCGAGCCCGCCUCCUGGUCGGCAACGACGACGUGCACAUCAUUGCUCGCUCCGACGACGAGCUGCUGGACGACUUCUUCCACGACCAGAGCACGGCCACCAGCCAGGCAGGGACCUUAUCGAGCAUCCCCACAGCCCUGACCCGCUGGACAGAAGAAUGCAAAGUACUGGACGCAGAGAGCAUGCACGACUGUGUUUCAGUGGUGAAAGUCCCCAUCAUCAAUCACCUGGAAGCCCUGAGGGAUGAGGAGCUAGAGGAACGCAGAGAGAAGAGGCGCAAGCAGCUGGCCGAGGAAGAGGCAAAGGGGGCAGACAAGGCCAAGGAGGCGGAGGACAAGGAGCAGAAUGCCCAGGGGCCGGUACCCCAGUCAAACAGUUCUGCUGAGCAAAACCUCCCAGAUGGUGCCGCCCACCCGGAUGGCUAUCCUGCGGCCCCGGCUGCCACCGAAGACGCCUCAGUCGGCCCCAAACAGACUCUGGUUACGCUGGAGAGCCCGCAGCAGCAGCAGGUGGCUGCAGCGACGGGGGCAGGAGAGCUCCCCUCUGAGCUGGUGGGGCAGUCCGGUGCCCAGGCUUCCGGGCAGCUGCUGAUGCCCGUGGAGCAGGAGGACUCGGGCCCCGGAAGGCCGAGCGCAGAUGCUGAGGCCACGCAGAUGGAGCUUUCGCCCGCCCCCACCAUCACUUCCCUGUCCCCUGAGAGGGCCGAAGAUUCUGACGCCCUGACGGCCGUCAGCAGCCAGCUGGAGGGCUCCCCCAUGGACACCAGCAGCCUUGCCUCUUGCAACCUGGAAGAAGGCGGCGGGGAAGGUGGUGGGGCCAGUGGCGCGGAGCAGGCGGGGGGCGCAGGGCCUGUCGCAGCCGCUGCUGAGGUGGCCCAGCAAGGCUCCAAUGCCCAGGCCCUUCGGGAGGGCCAGCCGGACCCUGGCCAGCAGGUGGAGGACGGCUCCCCGCCUGCCUCCUCAUCCGAGAGCUCUUCCACCAGGGACUCGGCCGGGGCCAUCUCAGGAGCUGACUCCCGGGGCAUCUUGGAAGAGCCGCUGCCCUCCACCAGCAGUGAGGAGGAAGACCCCUUGGCAGGGAUAAACCUCCCAGAGGGCGUGGACCCGUCCUUUCUGGCUGCGUUGCCCGACGACAUCCGACGUGAGGUGCUGCAGAACCAGCUGGGCAUCCGGCCUCCUGCUCGGACUGUUCCGACCGCUACGGCCACCACUCCGACCCCGCCUGUGGUGGGCAACCCUGGAGUGACAGAAGUCAGUCCGGAGUUCCUGGCUGCACUGCCCCCGGCAAUCCAAGAGGAGGUGCUGGCCCAGCAGCGGGCAGAACAGCAGCGGCGGGAGCUGGCCCAGAGCACCAGCUCAGACACGCCCAUGGACCCCGUGACCUUCAUCCAGACGCUGCCCUCAGACCUGCGCCGUAGCGUGCUGGAGGACAUGGAGGACAGCGUCCUGGCGGUCAUGCCCCCAGAUAUCGCUGCCGAGGCGCAGGCCCUCCGGCGUGAGCAGGAGGCGCGCCAGCGCCAGCUCAUGCACGAGCGCCUCUUCGGCCACUCCAGCACCUCAGCCUUGUCGGCCAUUUUGCGCAGCCCAGCCUUCACGAGCCGACUGAGUGGAAACCGAGGGGUCCAGUAUACACGCUUAGCUGUGCAGAGAGGGGGUACCUUCCAGAUGGGUGGAAGCAGCAGCCACAGCAGGCCCUCGGGCAGCAACGUGGACAGCCUGCUUCGCCUGCGGGGCCGCCUCCUGCUGGACCACGAGGCCCUGUCCUGUCUGCUGGUCCUCCUCUUCGUGGACGAGCCCAAGCUGAACACAAGCCGGCUGCACCGGGUGCUGCGGAACCUCUGCUACCAUGCCCAGACCCGCGGCUGGGUGAUCCGCAGCCUGCUGUCCAUCCUGCAGCGCAGCAGCGAGAGUGAGCUGUGCAUAGAGACGCCCAAGGGGGGCGCGGCGGCCCCGGACGACAAGGGCAAGCGGGCCGCCAAAGCCUGCGCCGCCGACAGCCGGCCCCUCGACCUCUUGCACAAGAUGGAGUCCAAGAGCUCCGGGCAGCUCUCCUGGCUUUCGGUCUCAAUGGACGCCGCCCUGGGCUGCCGGACCAACAUCUUCCAGAUCCAGCGGGCAGGAGGGCGGAAGCACACGGAGAAGCACGCCGCCGCUGGCUCCACCGUGCACAUACACCCCCAGGCCGCCCCCGUGGUCUGCCGGCACGUCCUCGACACGCUCAUCCAGCUCGCCAAGGUGUUCCCCAGCCACUUCACACAGCAGCGGACCAAAGAGACCAACUGCGAAAGCGAGCGGGAGCGGGGCACGAAGCAGUCGUGCAGCCCUUGCCCAGGCCAGGCAGGCUCCAGCGGCAUCUCCACUGACUUUUGGGACCUGCUGGUCAAACUGGACAACAUGAACGUUAGCCGCAAGGGCAAGAACUCCAUCAAAUCGGUGCCUGUGAGCUCCGGCGCGGAGGGGGAGAGCUCCCCCUACAGCCUGGAGGCCUCUCCACUGGGCCAGCUAAUGAACAUGCUCUCCCACCCGGUCAUCCGGCGGAGCUCCCUGCUGACCGAGAAGCUGCUGCGCCUACUCUCCCUCAUCUCCAUCGCUCUGCCCGAGAACAAGGCCGCCGCGGCCGAGGGAGCAGCCAACCACGCCACCACCGCUGCUGCAGCCGCCGCCGCUGCCACCACCACCGCUGCCACCACCACCCCAGCGCCUGCUCCCGCCCCUGCCCUGGCUGCGGCAGCUGCUGUGGCUGCUGCCACUGCAGCUGCCACUGCUGCUUCUAUCGCCACCUCCGGAGUAACGGCCACGUCUACUGCCCCCAUCACUGUGACCAGUAAGUCCUGCACUUCUGUUGCAAAAAACAGCAAAUCGCCAGCCAAGGUGAGCGACGGGGGAGGCGGAGGCGGGCCCGACAGCAAAAUGGCAGCCUCAGGCCUGACGGAGAACCAGUUACAGCUAUCCGUGGAGGUGCUGACGUCCCACUCCUGCUCCGAGGAAGGCCUAGAAGACGCCGCCAAUGUCCUCUUGCAGCUCUCGCGGGGUGACCCGGCCACCCGGGACACCGUCCUCAAACUGCUGCUGAACGGAGCUCACCAGCUGGGCUACACUCUCUGCAAGCAGAUAGGUACUCUUUUGGCAGAGCUGCGAGAGUACAACUUGGAGCAGCAACGCCGUGCCCAGUGUGAGACCCUGUCCCCAGACGGGCUUCCCGAGGAGCAGCCCCAGACCACCAAGUUGAAAGGCAAGAUGCAGAGCAGGUUCGACAUCGCCGAGAACGUGGUGAUCGUCGCCUCGCAGAAGCGCCCACUGGGGGGCCGGGAGCUCCAGCUGCCCUCCAUGUCCAUGCUGACCUCGAAGACCUCCACGCAGAAGUUCUUCCUGCGGGUGCUGCAGGUCAUCAUCCAGCUGCGGGACGACACUCGCCGGGCCAACAAAAAGGCGAAACAGACAGGCAGGCUAGGUACUUCCGGUCUGGGCUCAGUUAGCAGCAUCCAGGCCGCUGUUCGGCAGCUGGAGGCUGAGGCUGACGCCAUUAUACAAAUGGUACGUGAGGGUCAGAGGGCCCGGAGGCAGCAACAAGCAACAACGUCGGAAACAAGCCAAGCAGAGGGCUCCGUGCGAAGAGACGAGUCGCCCAUGGACGUGGACCAGCCGUCGCCCGCCGCGCAAGACACCCAGUCCGUCGUGUCGGAAGGCUCCCAGCAGGGCGAGAAGGAGAAGGAGGAACGUCCUCCGGACCUGCCGCUGCUCAGCGAACAGCUCAGCCUGGACGAACUGUGGGACAUGCUGGGCGAAUGUCUCAAGGAGCUGGAAGAGUCACACGACCAACACGCUGUUCUUGUACUGCAGCCCGCCGUGGAGGCCUUCUUCCUGGUGCACGCCACCGAGCGGGAGAGCAAGCCACCCGUGCGUGACACCCGGGAGAGCCAGCUGGCGCACAUCAAGGACGAACCGCCGCCCCUCUCGCCUGCCCCACUGACACCCGCCACGCCCUCCUCCCUCGACCCCUUUUUCUCCCGUGAGCCUUCUUCCAUGCACAUUUCCUCCAGCCUCCCGCCGGACACGCAGAAGUUCCUCCGCUUUGCAGAGACCCACCGCACUGUGCUGAACCAGAUCCUGCGCCAGUCCACCACCCACCUGGCGGACGGUCCCUUCGCUGUCCUCGUCGAUUACAUCCGCGUGCUGGACUUCGACGUCAAACGGAAGUAUUUCCGGCAAGAGCUGGAGCGACUGGACGAGGGGCUCCGGAAAGAAGACAUGGCCGUGCACGUGCGGCGGGAUCACGUUUUCGAGGAUUCCUACCGGGAGCUGCACCGCAAGUCGCCAGAGGAAAUGAAAAAUAGAUUGUACAUAGUAUUCGAGGGGGAAGAGGGCCAGGAUGCUGGCGGUCUCCUGCGCGAGUGGUACAUGAUCAUCUCACGGGAGAUGUUCAACCCCAUGUACGCGCUGUUCCGCACGUCGCCCGGGGACCGGGUUACCUACACCAUCAACCCUUCCUCUCACUGCAAUCCAAACCACCUGAGCUACUUCAAGUUCGUCGGCCGCAUCGUGGCCAAGGCGGUGUACGACAACCGGUUACUCGAGUGCUACUUCACCCGCUCCUUCUACAAACACAUCCUGGGCAAAUCAGUCAGGUACACAGACAUGGAGAGCGAGGAUUAUCACUUCUACCAGGGUCUGGUGUAUCUCCUGGAGAAUGAUGUCUCCACCUUGGGCUAUGACCUCACCUUCAGCACUGAGGUGCAAGAAUUUGGUGUGUGCGAGGUGCGGGACUUGAAGCCUAAUGGGGCCAACAUCUUGGUGACGGAGGAGAACAAGAAAGAAUACGUGCACCUGGUGUGUCAGAUGCGAAUGACAGGAGCGAUCCGCAAGCAGCUGGCCGCCUUCCUGGAGGGCUUCUACGAGAUCAUCCCCAAGCGCCUCAUCUCCAUCUUCACGGAGCAGGAGCUGGAGCUGCUGAUCUCGGGGCUGCCCACCAUCGACAUUGAUGACCUGAAAUCCAACACCGAGUACCACAAAUACCAGGCGAAUUCUAUCCAGAUCCAGUGGUUCUGGCGAGCGCUGCGCUCCUUCGACCAGGCCGACCGGGCGAAGUUCCUGCAGUUCGUCACGGGCACAUCCAAGGUUCCUUUGCAGGGCUUCGCUGCCCUGGAGGGCAUGAACGGCAUCCAGAAAUUCCAGAUCCACAGAGACGACCGCUCCACAGACAGAUUGCCUUCUGCUCACACGUGUUUCAACCAGCUGGACCUCCCUGCCUACGAAAGCUACGAGAAGUUGCGCCACAUGCUGCUACUGGCCAUCCAGGAGUGCUCGGAGGGCUUCGGCCUGGCAUAAGGGUGGCUGCAGCUGCCAUAUUUUUCUACUGUCAGACUCGGGGAGC